GCGAAACGUUAUACAAUUAAUAUUUUAUUGGUGACCGUAUGCAGUCUUGCCGUUAUUAUUGUCCAGCCAUUCUGGCCGUACAUUUAUAAUGUCCUACCGUUUAUGAACGGUUCUCGAUCAUGCUGUACCCUGCCGAUUGUAACUGAAUAUUUUAUCGAUCAAGAAAAAUAUUUCUACAUCAUUAUAUUACAUAUGGACGUAGCUUUUUGUAUAGGAGCGAUUGCAAUGAUAGGGACAGGAACAUGGCUAGUAGUAUCUCUUAAACAUGCCUGCAGUAUAUUCAAGAUUGCCAGUUACCGUAUCGAACUAGCAAUAGCAAAUAAUUGUUUCAUUAAUAACGAUCUGGAAGACAAGAUUACGAUUUAUGAAAGGAUAACUUACGCGGUAGACAUUCAUUGCAAAGCUAUGCAGUUCGCAAAAAAUGUAAUAACUAGUUUUGACAGUACAUUCUUUUUUUUAAUCGUGGUUGGUGUAGCUUCCUUAAGUUUUAAUCUUUUUCGCGUUUUUCAGGUAAUGUCAUCUGGAAACGAUAUGGAGGAAAUGAUAUUACGUCUCCUUACAGGGAUGAUCAUUAUUAUAUAUAUGUUUUUAGCCAACUAUGCCGGACAGGAAAUUACUGAUCAUAAUGAUUACAUAUAUCUUACAGCGUACAACGUUUGUUGGUACAUAGCACCUUUACAUGUGCAGAAACUGAUAUUAUUUCUGUUGCAAAGGGGCAGUAAAACAUUCAGCCUGACAGUAGGAGGCUUGUUUGCAGCAUCCUUGGAGUGUUUUGCUUCGUUGGCGAGUGCGUCGGUAUCAUACUUUACCGUUAUGUAUUCCACGCAGCAGUAAUAUAGUUACCAUUCAAUAUUGUAAUAUAGUAGGUAAACGUUGAAAAAACAUUUGUAGUUUCUUUGUAUGAAAGCAAAAGUUGAAUAAACUUACCAGAUAUA